UGCUGUUCCGGCAGUUCUGUGAGCGGAACCGGCCGGAGUACCACAAGUACAACAAUUUCCUAGAUGCGGUCAGUAUGCAUUUGGCGGAGAGGUACGAGGUGGAAGUGGACGAGACACGGGCGGCGCUCGCGAACAAAGUGUUCGGUCAAUACCUGAAGGCGGACGACGAGCAGGCCGUGACCGACGUCGUGAGCGCGCGCGUCAUAGAAGACACGACCGCAGUAUUAGAAGGCGGCUCCAAAGACAUAUUCGCAGAAUGCAUCAGAUGCGUCAAGAACUUCCUGGCGGGGCUCCCGUUCGCGGAGUUCGAACGGUCCAUGUAUUUCCACCGGUACCUGCAGUGGAAAUGGCUGGAGGCGCAGCCGGUCACCCAGCAUACGUUCCGGAUGUACCGGGUGUUAGGGAAAGGCGGGUUCGGGGAGGUGUGCGCUUGCCAGGUCCGAGCGACGGGUAAAAUGUACGCCUGCAAGAAGCUGGAAAAGAAACGCAUAAAGAAGCGCAAGGGGGAAGCCAUGGUGCUGAUCGAGAAACAGAUCCUGCAGCGGAUCAAUUCAAGAUUCGUGGUCAACCUGGCCUACGCUUACGAGACCAAGGACGCGCUCUGUCUCGUGCUCACUAUUAUGAACGGAGGCGACCUAAAGUUCCACAUCUACAACAUGUGCGGCGCCGAUACCGGCUUGGGGCUGGAGCGAGCGCGGUUCUACGCUGCUCAAGUGGCCUGCGGGCUCGACCACCUGCACAAGAUGGGCAUAGUGUACAGAGACUGCAAGCCGGAGAACAUCUUACUAGACGACGCGGGUCACGUGCGGAUCUCAGACCUGGGACUGGCCGUGGAUGUACCGGAGGGCGGCAGCGUGCGCGGCCGCGUCGGCACCGUCGGCUACAUGGCGCCAGAGGUCAUAGACAACGAGCGCUACACGUUCAGUCCGGACUGGUUCUCCUUCGGCUGCUUGGUGUAUGAGAUGAUCGAGGGCCGCGCGCCCUUCCGCGCGCGCAAGGAGAAGGUCAAGCGGGAGGAGGUCGACCGCCGGGUCAAGCACGAGCAAGAGAAAUACUCAAGCAAGUUCAGCGAGUGCGCCCGAUCUUUAUGCAGCGGGUUGCUAUGCAAGUGCGCGGGCGCGCGGCUUGGCUGCGGCGCGGGCCGGCGCGGCGCUCAAUUGGUUAAGGCUCAUCGGUUCUUCGCGCAAUUAAACUUUGCGAGGCUUGAAGCUGGCAUGGUGGACGCGCCGUUUGUGCCUGACCCGCACGCGGUGUACGCCAAAGACGUGCUCGACAUCGAGCAGUUUUCCACCGUGAAGGGCGUCAACUUGGACGCGGCCGACGACACCUUCUACGGCAAGUUCAACACCGGCUCCGUCAGCAUCCCGUGGCAGGCCGAGAUGAUCGAGACAGGCUGCUUCACCGAACUCAAUGUCUUCGCGAGAGGCGAGAACGGCGAGGAGCAGGCGCCGCCGGACCUGACUUUAGCGCCCGCCGCGCCGCCGCCCGACGAUACCGGCUGCUUCCUCUUCGCACGACGGGUGCUGUGUCCCCAAAAGAAGAUUCCGCCGCGCCUUCGACCCGUGCCCGUGCCAGACCAUCUGCUGCCGCCGCCGUCCAGCUGACCGACCGGCCACGACACGACACACGUCACGACACAACGCGACCCGUGAUCAGAGGCACGCGCCGCCACGACACGACGCCGACCCGUGAUCAAAGGUAGACUUGCGUGUUCUUUGACGUUUCUUCACGAAGUUUUCUUGUUUGACAGAUAAAUGUUGUGGAAGGAAAAUAGAGGAAAAUUGUUUUUUGGUUAAAACAAAGCGACUGCCACAAGGAACAUACACAGUUCCGCAAUGUGAGGCUGGGUUGCACCAUCUUACUGUAGGUAUAAAAAAUGUCAAAAGUCUUUCAAACUCCAUAAAAAAGCACAGGUAAUCGAUCUAGUUACGUUCAAAGUUAGAUGGUGCA